AUGUUGCCACUUGAUGGACUUAGAUUACGUGACAUUGAACAAGAAUUCAUGUCAAGACGACAUACUUUUGCUCUUUUCAAUCAAGAAGGAAGAAAUAUUUACACAGACUACAUACAAUUGGAGUUAUCUUGCGAAAAUACUGACGAAGUUGAUUCAUGGAAAGCUUCUUUCUUACGUGCUGGUGUUUACCCAGGAAAGGAUUCAUAAUUAGCAAUGGUUCAAGAAGCUUUAAAUAACUUAAAAAACUUUACUUAAUACUUAUACAUUGAGUUGCAUAUGAAAAUGACGUGAAAAUGUUUGUAUUAAGAAGGAAUUAAGGCAUGAAAUUUCAAUGUA